AUGCUUAUCCAGGCGCAAGUUCAGGAUGAACACAGAGGCACUUGCUCGCCGGCAGCUGGGCCCAGUGAACUCAUGCGGUGUCCCCAGGGUGCAGCUGCAUGGUCCUCAUUUUGGUGGCGCAUGGCUACUGCGAGGCGAAAACACUGUGACCGAGCCUUUGUCGAGCGCUUCCGGAAGACGCCUUCGCCACAGACCUCAUCCACACGUUUCUCACUUUGUCAAGCUCAACCGCACAGUGCCUUCAUGCGGGACGUGGAGAUCCAUGUUCUGGGGGCCUUUGCUGAAGCAGAGGACCAGUGCCUCUUCUUGGACUUGGUGAUGCAUGUCACCUCCAGGGACCAGUGCUACAUCACCCAGUCUGGCAGCAACCUUCGCACCGUGCCCGCGAGCUUUUCCAGAGCUUGGUACGGCCGGCUGGGUGAGGGCGAAUGGAGCGACUGCUCCAGUGCUUCUGCUUUCGGCACUGACGUGGUGGUGAGAUGUGCUUUCUCAGUUGAUGAGCCCACCAUCGGUGGGGAAGAACUGGUGGUGAAACUGGAGACAGGUGACUGGAAAGCUCCAGACAUUCCACUUUGCAAGCUUCAGAGCGAAGGGCACCAGUUCCGCCUCACCGUUUGCAGCGGGGUCAUGUUCAAUGCAGGCCAGCAAAUGGCGGGCAGCUCACUGCUACAGCAGUGGUUGGCCUAUCAUCAGGCCAUGGGUGUGGACCACUUUGCUCUCUAUGAUUCUGAUGGGUCAGCAGCAGAGAUCCAGCAGGUGUUUUCUGUUUCUGCAGAUGCACAGGUCUCCUACUUCCCGCUUUGGCCCUCUCAUCUCUCCGAGAAGCUCGGCACCAUCAGCCGCACGGAGCACUGCCGGCACUGCCUCAGCGUCGUGGCGGAGGCUCAUUGCUUGUGGAGCCAACGUGGAAGAUCCGAUUGGGUGAUUACUCUACAUAGUUUUGAUGCAUAUUUAGCACCAGCGCCUGGGCAUCGUUUAGACGUGGUACUGAACCACCUGGAGUCCAAACGCCAUGAGAUCGGCACUGUGCCGCUGGCAAUGUUGGACUUUGGUGGUGCAGUCAAUUCCAAUUCAUCGUGGUUAGUUGAGAGAUAUCAACAUCGCGCGUUUGAGCCAGUGCGAGUGUUGGCAGAGAUUGGCCGGGGAAAUCCCAGAGAUGAAUGCUGGCUGAAUCACCCUGGCGUGACGAUGAAGAAUCCCUUGAAUGUGUGGGGUGUCUACGACCACUAUGCGCGCUCCAUCUUUGGAGCAAUUGAUGUGGAAGUGCCCUGGCAGCUGCUGCGUGUGAACCACUACGUUAACAUUUUUGCAGAGCGAUGUGCCAGUCGCUUUCUGCCAUGUGUUGUCCGCGACACUGGCCUCAGUUGGAUCCUGCCGGAGCUUGAAGCGAAGCACUGA